AUGAAGAAAAUUGGAUUUCACUUUGUUAUUUUGGGAUUGCUUUUUGUGCUUUCUUCUGCCUCUCAUCCUUCAACUGGUACUCUUUCAUCUUCUCCAGAUUGGUUUAACGAAAAUGAUUAUAUUUAGAUAUUCAAAGAUGAUUUCAAUUCUGCAUAACUAAACACUACUUGUUGGAGAGUUGCUCAUAAUUUCUUAAAAACAACUGAAUAAUCAAACUACAUAUACACUAGAGAUAAUGUGAUAAUAUAAGAUGGUAAUUUGGUUAUCAGUGCAAAACAUUAAAAAGUUGAUUUUAAUAAUAAAAAAUAUAAUUUCACUGGAGGCUUUAUAGAUAGUAAUAGCACUAAAGGAGUUUCAUUGCAAUUUAAUCAAUAUGUAGAGGCUAGAAUAAAAUUACCAGAGUAUGAUGAGAAGGAUUUAUCUGAGCCAGGAUUUUUUGCUAUUCCUAUUAAUUACGAAAGUUGGCCCCAUCCAACUGAAUAUUAAAUAAUGAAAUAUAGUAUUUUUGAUGCAAAUAUCUAGAAGAGUUAUCCAUAUGUUUACAAUACUUUUAUCUAUUAUUAGUGGGUUGAUAAUGGUGAUUGUAGAAUUUAAUAUAGGUCUCCUUAUAAGAAAUUAGAUUUUUCUAAAUAUCACACUUAUGGUAUGCUUUUGAAAGAAAAUGAAGUUACAUUUUACAUUGACGGAGAGGCUCACUUUUCUUAUGUUGCUAAUGACCCAUCUAAUUCACCAAAGCUUGGUUGCAGUGUAAGAAUCCCUAAAGAAAAAAUCUUUUUAGGUUUUGAUUAUGUAGUACAAAAUACACUUGAAACACCUAAAUAUAUGUUGGUUGACUAUGUUAGAAUUCUCACACCUAAAAAAAAACAGUGA